UCUGCUCCAUCAUAAAAUGAGGAUUCUCAUGUUUAACAUGCUUCUGCUCUUUUCAAAUGUUAUGCAUGCAUUGGGUCAGUGUCUUCCCGAUCAAAAGUCUGUGCUUCUCCAGAUACGAACUCAAAUCACUUACAAUUCUUCCCAAGUUGGUGCUGUGGGAUGAAGGAGCUGACUGCUGCCGAUGGCCAGGUCUGAGUUGCAAUGCUGCUACUGGAUAUAUUACAAGCCUUGACCUCAGCUACGAUUACUCAAUCAGGGGUGGCUUCAAUGUUUCUCUCUUGCAUAAACUGCCAUCACUUUCUGUUAUUAGGCUUGAUGGGGUCAACUUCUCUGCUCCAUUUCCAGACUUGUUCACGGAUUUCACCAAUCUGACUGUUUUGACCCUGGCAGAUUGCGACUUCAGUGGAACAGUCCCACAGAAAGUAUUCCAGGUACCAACUCUGCAAACCAUUGACUUAAGUUACAAUUUCAUGCUUGGGGGUUCUUUGCCAGACUUCCCCGAAAAUGGAUCUCUCAAGAGCCUCACACUUCGGGAGACGAUGUUUUCUGGGAAUUUACCCGAGUCCAUAGGAAACCUCAGACUGCUGUCCCAUAUUGACCUUGCAUAUUGUGAUUUUAGCGGAUCAAUCCCUGUUUCUAUUAUAAAGCUUAGCAAGCUUGUUGAGCUGAGUUUGUCCCAAAAUUCAUUUUCAGGACCCAUUCCAGCAUCACUAUUUUUCCUGCCAUCACUUCAAACCUUAUAUCUGGAUGGAAACAAGCUUUCUGGUCAUAUAAAUGAAUUACGAAAUGUGACUUCUCCACUUGAAUAUCUUGAUUUGAGUAGAAACAACUUAGAAGGGACAAUACCUUUGUUCUUCUUUCACCUUCAAAAUCUUACAUCACUAGAUCUUUCAUCAAACAAAUUUAACAGUAUUGUACAUCUAACAAAAUUUAAAAGCCAGUAUAUUGAAACUCUUGACUUUUCCAAUAACAAUUUGGUAAUUGAGACAACCAUAAGCACAUCAAAACUUCCCUUACUCCCUCAGUUUGGAUACUUAAAUUUGGCCUCCUGCAAUUUGCAAAAAAUUCCAGAUAUUUUGAAAAGCCAAUCUAAAUUGUGGUGGUUAGAUCUUUCCAACAACACUAUUAGUGGAGAAAUUCCUAACUGGAUAUGGGGAAUUUGUAAUGGGCAAUUCUCUCGCCUCAAUCUUUCUCACAAUAGUUUGACGCAUAUGAAAGAGCCAAUGGAAUACGGUUCUCUUUAUUCCCUUGAUCUAAAUUCUAAUAUGCUAAGUGGACAGAUUCCACGACCACCACCUUGGGCAAUGUAUUUAGACUUCUCCAACAACAAUUUCUCCAUGAUUCCUCUUGAUUUUGCUGAUCAAAUCCCAUAUUUCCUUCAGUUCUUUUCCAUUGCAAAAAAUAGAGUAAGUGGAAAGAUCUCAACUUCCUGGUGUCGAGCAGCCUAUCUGAAAGUGCUGGACUUGUCCUACAACGCUUUGCAUGGCACAAUACCAUCAUGUCUGGUUCAAAAUAACAGCAAUCUCGUUGUAGUGAAUCUUAGAGGAAAUCAUUUAAGUGGUGAGAUAUCACUGAAGUUUCAACAGAGUUGUUCUUUAGACGCAUUAGAUCUUAGUCAAAAUCUCUUAGAAGGGAAAGUUCCUCCCUCCUUGAUCAACUGCACAGAGCUUAGGAUCUUAAAUCUUGGAAACAACAAAAUAAGUGAUACCUUUCCUUGUUGGCUCAAUAAAUUGUCAAAUCUGCAAAUUCUUGUAUUGCAUUCCAAUCAUUUUCAUGGAAGCGUUUCUUGUCCCAUGCUUGGGGUAAACAACAGCUGGCCAAGUUUACAAGUCAUUGACCUAUCUUCCAAUAAUUUCAGUGGACAUCUACCAACUGAUUUAUUCUUGGCAUUAAAAGCUAUUUUGGUUGAGAGGAAUGAAUUAAACUCAAAGGCUGACAACUUGCAUUUCACAUCAUUUCCAGAAGUUUGGAUUUACUAUCAAGAUUCAGUCAUACUGUCUAUAAAAGGACAAAGAUACACUAUAGAGAAGGUUCUAUCUACCUUCACUUCUAUUGAUUUUUCAAGUAAUCAAUUUGAAGGCAGUAUACCAGAGAGUGUUGGAGAGCUUAAACAGCUUUAUCUCCUUAUACCAGAGAGUGUUGGAGAGCUUAAACAGCUUUAUCUCCUCAACAUCUCUCACAAUGCCCUAACUGGCAAUAUUCCUCCAUCUCUUCAAAACUUGAAAGCUUUGGAAGCUUUGGACCUCUCAUUCAACAACCUUGCUGGAAAUAUCCCAGUGCAACUAGAGAUCCUAACCUUCCUGGAAGUCUUAAACUUGUCAUAUAACCAUCUCGUUGGAAUGAUUCCAAGAAGCACUCAAUUGGAUACCUUUGAUGCAAGCUCAUUCAUGGGAAACAAGGGGCUAUGUGGAUUCCAAAUUAAUGUAUCUUGCACUGGCAUUGAUGAACCAGCAUCUCCAAUACCAGAAUCAGAAGAGAAAGAAUCAACUCACCACGUUGAUAUCUACAUUAGCGUUGCACUUGGAUUUGUUGCAGCUAAAAGAGUCAGGGAAGCACCUUCAAUUGGUUGUUCGUCCCAGCUGCCUAAUGAUGAUGAUGAUUUUGUGGAAGAUCCGGCUAUUAAGGAGUUGCCCGUUCGGUUGGGUCGUUGGUUGCUGUCGAAUUUUGACAGUGAGAAGAUGUGCGUACUGUUGGGUGAGGGAGAGGUCUUACCCGUUAGGGAGGAGAAUGUGAGUUCUAUUCUCGGGUUCCCAUGGGGUGAAGGUGUUAUAACAAUGCAGGAUCGCUAUGCGAAGAGCAAGUUGUUGACUGCAUGGCGAAAGAUGUUUGAGAAGCACCGGCAUGAUGUGUCCCCCGCUGAGCUUGCACAACUUAUUAGGGAGGAUCUUGAUGGGGGUUUGUGGUUCAAGAGGCAUUUUAUGGUUCUGUUGAUUUCCUCGCUGAUUUCUUGCAUGGGCAAUGGAUAUAGUAAUCAGAUAGUGUUCCAUCAUUUGGAUUAUGGGGAAACGAGCUUUCUGGUCAUAUAA